CGGAACCCAUGACCCUAUGCCAGCUAUUCCUACAAUCGGAGGCCACCUAUAACUGUGUCUCGGAGUUAGGAUCCCUGGGUUUAGUCGAGUUCAAGGACCUCAACAAAGACAUCAACGCCUUUCAGCGCCGGUUCGUCAACGAGAUCCGCCGGUGCGAUGAGAUGGAGCGUAAGCUCCGGUUCCUGGACAAGGAGAUCGCCAAAGUGUGCCUACCGGUGCUCGACACGGGGGACAACCCGGAGCCGCCGCAGCCCCGGGAGAUGAUUGAGUUGGAGUCCACGUUCGAGAAGCUGGAGACCGAGCUCAAGGAUGUCAACAAAAACGCCGAAGCGCUCAAAAAAACCUUCGCAGAGCUCCUGGAGUUGAAGCAAAUACUCGCCAAAACCGAGUACUUCUUCGACGAAGUGGAGGGCCGGCACCGGAAGGACUCAUUGGUGGGCGCCUCCGAUGCUGACACCACAGCUAUACUGCCCGACGAGGGCCGGGGUGGGGGUAUAUCGUCGGGGAAACUGGCGUUCGUGGCGGGCGUCAUAAAACGGGACCGACUCAUGACGUUUGAGCGAAUGCUGUGGCGGGUGUGCAGAGGGAACGUCUUCUUGAGGCACCGGGAGAUCGACGCGCCACUGGAGGACCCGGUGACUGGGGACCCGGUGCUCAAGUCGGUGUUUAUCAUCUUCUUCCAGGGCGACCAACUCAAGAGCAAAGUGAAGAAGAUCUGCGAGGGUUUCAGAGCCACGCUAUACCCCUGUCCGGAGGACGCGUCCGAUCGCCGGGAGAUGAUGGGGAACGUCGUGUCGCGGAUCGACGACUUGAACACCGUCUUAGGCCAGACCACGGAGCACAAGCACCGGAUCCUAUUAGCCUCGGCCAAGAACCUCAAGAACUGGUUCAUCAAAGUCCGCAAAAUGAAGGCCAUCUAUACCGCGAUGAAUAUGUUUAACUUUGACGUCACCCAGAAGUGUCUGAUCGCUGAGUGCUGGUGCCCUACGGACCAGUUGGACACCGUGAGGCACGCCCUACGUAUCGGCACAACACGUAGCGGAUCGACUGUCCCCUCCAUACUGAACGGUAUGGACAGUAAGGAGACGCCGCCGACCUUCAACCGGACCAACAAAGUCACACUCGGUUUUCAGAACAUUGUCGACGCCUACGGUGUGGCCAACUAUCGCGAGGUGAACCCCGCGCCCUACACUAUAGUCACCUUUCCCUUCCUGUUUGCGCUCAUGUUUGGCGACGCCGGACACGGGGUACUCAUGUUGUUGUUCGCCCUGUGGAUGGUGUUAAGGGAACGCCAGUUGGCGGCCAUGAAGUCCAACAACGAGAUAUGGCUCACCUUUUUCAACGGCCGGUACAUUAUCUUGUUUAUGGGCGCCUUCUCCAUC